GGGUAGGCAGGGGUGUGGCCAAGCCAGAGGGGAUGAUGGUGGCAGAGGGAGCUGGACAGGAGGGUGAGGACAGCAGUGUGGAAGGGGGCUGCAGCUGCCAAGUCCCUGCCUGCCACUCACAACCCAGCAGCUGGUUUUCUCAGCAGAAACAUGCUGAGGGACAGGCUCCGUCCAGCCAGACCCCCUCUCAGAGGCAGCCAGCAGGCACUGCUGCUUCUUCUGGCCUCCCUCCUGCCACUUGCUGGCUGACAGGCUGUGGAGGUCCAUUUAAAGGUUCAUUGUUUUCAGCGCCUCCCUGCUCGCCUAGGCUGGCAUUUGGAGGUUGGAGGGAUGGGCUUUGGCUCCAGAGCAGGGGCCUUGGGCCCCUCAGGAGUGCCUUGCAGUGUCACCAGCACCUGCACUGGGAACUUCUGCCUCCUAGUCAGAGCAGACUAGGCCAGGAGGCUCUCAGCUGUGCCCCAGAUGCUGUGCCUUCCGCCUUUUAUUUCCCACAACACAUUCUUUACACAUUUGUGAAUCAUGCUUAAGGAAGAAAAUCGGAAUCAUUAUUUUAUGAAGAGUUAGAACAGACAUUAGCAAGCCCUCAGAUUUCACAGACAUCCUCAGAACACUUUAAUCUGGAUACUGGUGCAUUUUCCAUUUUGCCAAGAGAGGACAACAAUGACCAACUCUUUUUGCCAUCAUUUCAUGAAAGAGAGGGCAUUGUAUGGACUGAAAAGUAGGCAGCAAAUAGUAUGGAAAUAAGGGCUUUCAAAUGCACUCAUUUUGGUCUCUUGAAAAUGCCACUUCAUUAGCCUUUUUUCUUCGGCCAGUAGGAAUGGAGCUAUGCUGGUGACCUUGAAGAGUCACAGAGCUGCCUUCUUCUGUGAUAACUGGCUCCAUGACCACAAAAGAGGAAAGAAGGACCAAGCCUGGCAGUUACAAAGGCUUCAGUGUCCUUUGUCCCAAGCCAAAGACCAGGGACAGAGGGAGGGCAAGCAGUGGUGCCGGCAGUCCUCAGCAGCCACUGAAGUGAAAAGCAAAAACAAUCCACUGCCUGUUCACUGAGGACAGGUAACUUCCAGGUCUGCAGAUAACAGGAGAAGAUGAAGGAAGAUUGUCCGCCCAGUGCGCAAGUCCCCAUCAGUGACAGCAAGUCCAUUCUGAAGUCAGAGCUCUUAAGCCUGCUGAAGACCUACAACUGCUACCACGAGGGCCGAAGUCUUCAGCUAAGACACCGAGAGGAAGAAGAGGUUCUGAUCAUCGAGGGCCUCCUCAACAUUGCCUGGGGACUGAGGCGGCCCAUCCGGCUCCAGAUACAGGAUGACAGGGAGCGAGUGCAGCUCUCAGCCUCCUGGACACCCGGACGGCCCAGCUGCCACCUAAAGGAGCCACCUCUCCAGGAUGACAGAGCCACGGCCCAGGAGCAGGGUGACCAGCCCACAGCCAGGGAAGAGAGUUCCAGGGCCAGCUCAGAGCCCCUAGAGGAGGAAGAGGAGACCCCACAGCUGAUGCGGACCAGGAGCGAUGCAGCUGGUGUGGUGAUCCGGAGGAGUCCCAGGCACUGUGCUCCUGGCGAUGCCCAGCGGAUCUGGCGACACCGGUUCUCCAUCAACGGGCACUUCUACAACCACAAGACGUCUGUGUUUACUCCUGCCUAUGGGUCCGUGACGAACGUGAGGGUCAACAGCACCAUGACAGCCAGGCACGUGCUCAUCCUGCUGCUGAACAAGUUCCGGGUGGAGAAUGGCCCCAGUGAGUUUGCACUCUAUGUCGUCCAUGAAUCUGGGGAACGGACAAAACUGAAAGACGGUGAGUACCCGCUGAUUUCCAGAAUCCUGCACGGGCCAUGUGAGAAGAUCGCCAGGAUAUUCCUGAUGGAAGCUGACUUGGGCGAGGAGGUCCCCCACGACGUCGCUCAGUACAUUAAGUUUGAAAUGCCGGUGCUGGACAGUUUUGUUGAAAAAUUAAAAGAAGAGGAGGAAAGAGAAAUAAUCAAACUGACCACGAACCGUGGCCUGUCAGGCAGCCAUAGAGCCCCAUCAGGGAGAACAGACGACACACAGAUGGCAGUUCACUGAAGGGUUUUGGAGUUG